AUGGUUAUUACAAACCUAGCCCUUUUUACAGCCAAGCCCUUAAUUGAGUUAUUUUCCAACAAGCUCCAAGUGACACUUUCUGUCAUGAUGUUGCUUGUUUGCCUCUUAAUGCUCAAAAUAAAAACCCUUAUGUACGCAAAAGAGGAUGAGGAAGAUGAAGAAAUGGUUGAGCCUAAGGUUGGCCAUGAUUCAGAACUUGAAAAUCAAGACAAAAAACAGGAGGUGAAAGAAGCCCCUCCAAGGGAGCUGACAGAAGAAGAAAAACAGCAGAUUCUUCAUUCAGAGGAAUUCCUCAUCUUUUUUGAUCGGACAAUAAGGGUAAUUGAACGAGCAUUGGCAGAAGACUCUGACAUCUUUUUUGACUACAGUGGUCGAGAGUUAGAGGAAAAAGAUGGGGAUGUUCAGGCUGGAGCCAACCUUUCUUUCAAUCGUCAGUUCUAUGAUGAGCAUUGGUCCAAGCAUCGAGUGGUCACCUGUAUGGACUGGUCUCUCCAGUACCCUGAGCUGAUGGUCGCUUCCUACAACAACAAUGAAGAUGCUCCUCAUGAACCAGAUGGAGUGGCCUUGGUUUGGAAUAUGAAGUUUAAGAAAACCACACCAGAGUACAUCUUCCACUGUCAGUCCUCUGUGAUGUCAGUCUGCUUUGCCCGUUUCCAUCCCAACUUGGUGGUCGGUGGGACUUACUCAGGCCAGAUUGUCCUGUGGGAUAAUCGCAGUCAUCGAAGGACACCAGUGCAGCGGACACCCUUGUCGGCUGCUGCACACACACAUCCCGUGUACUGUGUAAAUGUUGUUGGGACCCAGAAUGCUCAUAACCUCAUCACUGUCUCUACCGAUGGUAAAAUGUGUUCCUGGAGCCUGGACAUGCUGUCAACUCCACAGGAGAGCAUGGAGCUGGUGUACAAUAAGUCCAAGUCUGUGGCUGUUACUGGAAUGGCUUUCCCAACAGGAGACGUCAAUAACUUCGUGGUUGGCAGUGAGGAGGGUACAGUCUACACGGCUUGUCGUCAUGGAAGCAAAGCAGGCAUUGGUGAGAUCUUCGAGGGUCACCAAGGACCAGUGACGGGGAUUAACUGCCACAUGGCAGUGGGCCCAAUUGAUUUUUCACACCUGUUUGUCACGUCAUCAUUCGACUGGACCGUCAAACUGUGGACCACAAAGCACAACAAGCCGCUCUACUCCUUUGAAGACAACGCAGACUAUGUGUACGACGUCAUGUGGUCCCCCGUGCAUCCCGCGCUCUUUGCCUGCGUGGACGGGAUGGGGCGCUUGGACCUCUGGAACCUCAACACUGACACCGAGGUUCCAACAGCAAGUGUGGCCAUUGAGGGGGCAUCCGCCCUAAACCGUGUUCGUUGGGCUCAAGCUGGCAAAGAAGUUGCCGUUGGGGACUCAGAAGGCCGCAUCUGGAUCUACGACGUUGGAGAGCUUGCAGUUCCCCACACCGAUGAGUGGACCCGAUUCGCCAGGACCCUCAUGGAGAUUCGCGCUAACAGAGCCGAUAGCGAGGAGGAAGGCACCGUUGAGUUAGCUGCCUAGAGAAAACCAGCCGCCACUGCUCCAGUCCGCUGGUUCCCAGCCCUGGAGCCCAGCAUUCACAGUCCUCUCAUCUGCUUGUAUUCAGUGUCCAUUCAGUAUCAGUACUGCCAUGACAUUUUGGGUGCCACGUGGUGCCAGCCUUGCUCCAAGUGUUCCAAAUCUAUCCCGCUGUGCUCUCCACCUGAAACUCGCCAGAACAUUUCUAUCUUUUCUGUCUCAAAAAUGGGAGGGGGGGCCUUUAUGGGUUUAAUUGUUGCCUUUUAACUACUUACUAGCUGCAUUUAAUAGCUGGAAACCUCUGGUUAACUUUGUGCUUACAUGCACUUAUGGCAUAGUCCUAUUAAAUCCAUAUGAAGCCAGAUAUGAUUAGGUGCAGAUGUGGUGUGCUUCGUGAUAUGGGACAGGGCCAAAGACUUGAGAUGUGGUGUUUCACAUGGUGACUCACAUUAUGAACGGAUUUACUAUAAGAACGUUGCUGCUCCUUAUUUAUUGUGGUGUGCUGCAUGGAAUGUAUUUAUUUGAAAGCAUUAAAAUAAACGAUCCUAGAGCAUGUGCAUAAUGAGAGGACCGCAUUGUCUCUCUGCUGCAGUUGAGGUUACAUUAAGUUCCAAAUAACAAUUACAGUAUGCCAGUUCCACUGAGGACAUGAAAUCUUUAAAGGUCUGCUGCCGUGAAAGGAAGGAUUUUUAAUGCCUAUUAUUUCUAGGUACUUUAACAAUAUUUCAAAUAUAGUUGACAAUUGAUACUUGUCAUUCAAGCAAAUACAGUCCGACAAAAGUCUGUGG